AUGUCGGGAUACCCAGCCGGUGGUGCUGGUGGCAGUGGCCACCAGGACUACGACGACGGCUACGGCCAGCAGGGCCGCGGUCACGGAAACGGUACUCAACAGACCGAUUCCUACUACCAGGAUGACCAGCAGUACUACGAUCAGAACGGUUACGAUGCUCACGGCCAUCCCCCGCAAGGUGGUGAUGGUUACUAUGACGAGUCCGGAUACUACAAUGCCGACCCGAACAACGCCUAUCACCAGGACGGCGGCUACUAUGACAACAACGAGCAGUAUCAAGAUGGCUACUAUGACAACAGCAACAACAACAACAGCAAUGGCCACAAUGCGAAUGGUUAUUACGACCAGGACUACAACCAGGGCUACGCCGGUGCACCUCGCCGACAAGGCUCCGAGGAGGAUUCCGAGACCUUCAGCGACUUUACCAUGAGAUCCGACAUGGCCAGAGCCACUGACAUGGACUACUACGGCCGCGGCGAUGAGCGUUACAACAGCUACGACCAGGGCGGUGCUCGUGGUUUCAGGCCGCCUUCCUCCCAGAUCUCGUAUGGCGGCAACCGCUCUUCUGGCGCUUCGACCCCUAACUAUGGCAUGGACUACGCCAACAUGAUGUCGGCUGCGUCACGAGAGCCCUAUCCUGCGUGGACCUCGGAUGCUCAAAUUCCUUUGUCUAAGGAGGAGAUCGAGGACAUCUUCCUCGACCUCUGCGCCAAGUUUGGUUUCCAGAGAGACAGCAUGCGUAACAUGUACGACCACUUCAUGAUCUUGCUGGACUCGAGGGCUUCGCGCAUGACCCCUAACCAGGCCCUGCUGUCUCUCCAUGCCGACUACAUUGGCGGCGACAACGCCAACUACCGCAAGUGGUACUUCGCUGCUCAUUUGGACUUGGACGACGCUGUCGGAUUCGCCAAUAUGAAGGGCAAGGGCCUGCGACGCAAGGCCAAGAAUAAGAAGAAGAAGAAGGGCGAAGCUGAGAACGAGGCUGACGCGCUUGAGGAUCUUGAAGGCGACAACAGUCUCGAGGCUGCCGAGUACCGCUGGAAGACUCGCAUGAACCGCAUGUCCCAGCAUGACCGUGUCCGUCAGCUCGCUCUCUACCUUCUCUGCUGGGGUGAAGCCAACCAGGUUCGCUUCAUGCCUGAGUGCUUGUGCUUCAUCUUCAAGUGCGCCGACGACUUCCUCAACUCCCCUGCUUGCCAGAACAUGGUCGAGCCUGUUGAGGAGUUCACUUUCCUGAACAACGUCAUCACCCCCAUUUACCAGUUUUGCAGAGACCAGGGUUACGAGAUCUCCGACGGAGUCUACGUUCGCCGUGAGCGUGACCACGACAAGGUUAUCGGUUACGACGACUGCAACCAGCUUUUCUGGUACCCCGAAGGUAUCGAGAAGAUUGUCCUCGAGGACAAGUCGAAGUUGGUCGAUGUGCCUCCUGCCGAGCGCUACCUAAAGUUUAAGGACAUCAACUGGAAGAAAUGUUUCUUCAAGACAUACAAGGAGACUCGGUCGUGGUUCCACUUGCUUGUUAACUUCAACCGUAUCUGGAUCAUUCAUUUGACCAUGUUCUGGUUCUACACCUCAGCCAACGCCCCCAGUCUCAUUCUCGGCUCCAAGUACGAGCAACAGGCCAACAACCAGCCGACGAAAGCACAGCAGUUCUCCAUCAUGGGUUUUGGCGGUACCAUCGCCGCGCUUAUCCAGGUUUUGGCAACUUUGGCUGAGUGGGCGUACGUCCCUCGCAAAUGGGCAGGCGCACAACACUUGACCAAACGUCUGUUGUUCUUGCUCCUAAUCCUGGUUAUCAACGUCGCACCUUUCGUCUACGUCUUCGUCCUUCCCAACCCCAACGAGAAGAUCGCUGAGAUUCUGGCCAUCGUCGAAUUCGUCAUUGCGCUCAUCACCUUCAUCUUUUACUCGAUCAUGCCACUUGGUGGUCUUUUCGGAAGCUACUUGACCAAGAACUCGCGCAAGUACGUUGCUAGUCAGACCUUUACGGCCAGCUACCCCCGACUGAAGGGUAACGACAUGGCCAUGUCCUACGGUCUGUGGGUCGCGGUUUUCGGUGCCAAGUUUGGAGAAUCAUACGUCUACCUCACCCUCUCCUUCAGGGACCCCAUCCGAUACCUCUCGAUCAUGAAGCUGGAAUGUUUGGGCGACGCGCUUUUUGGCGACAUCCUCUGCAAGAACCAGCAUUAUGUCCUGCUGGCAUUGAUGACCUUCACCGACUUGAUCUUCUUCUUCCUCGACACGUAUCUGUGGUACGUCCUGGUCAACGCCCUUUUCUCCAUCGCCAGAUCGUUCUACAUCGGUUCCUCCAUCAUGACCCCCUGGAGGAAUGUCUUUUCGCGCCUACCGAAGCGUAUUUACUCGAAGAUCCUCGCUACUGGCGACAUGGAAAUCAAGUACAAGCCGAAGGUGCUCAUUUCCCAGGUCUGGAACGCCAUCGUCAUCUCCAUGUACAGAGAGCACCUGCUGGCCAUCGAUCACGUUCAAAAGCUUCUCUACCACCAGGUUCCUUCGGAGCAGGAGGGCAAGAGAACUUUGAGAGCACCCACGUUCUUCGUCUCUCAGGAAGAUCACUCAUUCAAGACGGAGUUCUUUCCCACCAACAGCGAGGCUGAGCGACGCUUGUCCUUCUUCGCUCAAUCGCUGUCAACUCCCAUCCCAGAGCCCGUCCCGGUUGAUAACAUGCCGACUUUCACUGUUCUCAUCCCGCAUUACAGCGAGAAGAUUCUUCUUUCUCUGCGUGAGAUUAUCCGUGAGGAUGAGCCUUACUCCCGUGUUACCCUGCUGGAGUACCUCAAGCAACUUCACCCUCAUGAGUGGGACUGCUUCGUCAAGGACACCAAGAUCCUCGCCGACGAGACAUCUCAGUUCAACGGCGAUAGCGAGAAGAACGAGAAGGACACUGUCAAGAGCAAGAUUGACGACCUGCCCUUCUACUGCAUUGGUUUCAAGUCCUCCGCACCCGAGUACACUCUCCGGACGCGUAUUUGGGCCUCACUCCGUUUCCAGACCCUCUACCGCACGAUUUCUGGUUUCAUGAACUAUAGCAGAGCCAUCAAGCUUUUGUAUCGUGUGGAGAAUCCAGAGGUUGUUCAAAUGUUUGGCGGCAACUCCGACAAGCUGGAGCGUGAGCUCGAACGCAUGGCCCGCCGCAAGUUCAAGCUUUGCGUGUCCAUGCAACGUUACGCCAAGUUCAAGAAGGAGGAGAUGGAGAACGCUGAGUUCCUGCUUCGCGCCUACCCCGACCUCCAGAUUGCCUACCUCGACGAGGAACCCCCCUUGGCCGAAGGCGAAGAGCCCCGUCUGUACUCUGCCCUCAUCGACGGCCACUCUGAGAUUAUGGAGAACGGUAUGCGCAAGCCCAAGUUCCGUAUUCAACUCUCCGGCAACCCUAUUUUGGGAGAUGGCAAAUCCGACAACCAGAACCAUUCGCUCAUCUUCUACCGUGGCGAAUACAUCCAGCUCAUCGACGCCAACCAGGAUAACUACCUCGAGGAAUGCCUUAAAAUCCGAUCUGUUCUGGCCGAAUUCGAGGAGAUGAAGACUGAUAAUGUCAGCCCUUACACUCCUGGUGUCAAGAACAAGAUGACCAACCCCGUCGCCAUUCUGGGUGCUCGCGAGUACAUUUUCUCUGAAAACAUCGGUAUCCUAGGUGACGUCGCUGCCGGAAAGGAACAGACGUUCGGUACUCUCUUCGCUCGUACCUUGUCUCAAAUUGGAGGUAAACUGCACUACGGUCACCCCGAUUUCCUCAAUGGUAUCUUCAUGACGACCCGCGGUGGUGUAUCAAAGGCUCAGAAGGGCUUGCAUCUCAACGAAGAUAUCUACGCUGGGAUGAACGCUCUGCUGCGUGGUGGCAGAAUCAAGCACUGCGAGUACUAUCAGUGUGGUAAGGGUCGUGACUUGGGUUUCGGCUCCAUUCUCAACUUCACCACCAAGAUUGGUACUGGUAUGGGCGAGCAGAUGCUUUCCCGCGAGUACUACUACCUCGGAACUCAGCUGCCUCUGGAUCGAUUCCUCUCCUUUUACUAUGCCCAUCCCGGCUUCCAUCUCAACAACAUGUUCAUUAUGUUGUCGGUUCAGAUGUUCAUGAUUUGUCUUCUCAGCUUGGGUGCGCUUCGACACGAGACCAAGGCAUGCAACUACAACCGCGAUGUUCCUAUCACCGACCCUCUCUACCCCACUGGCUGUCAGAACACGGACGCGCUCAUGGACUGGGUGUACCGCUGCAUCUUGUCCAUUAUCUUCGUGCUGCUGUUGGCCUUCGUUCCGCUGGUGGUCCAGGAGUUGACUGAGAGAGGUGUCUGGCGUGCCGCCAAGCGUCUCGCCAAGCAGUUCGGAUCCCUCUCGCCGUUCUUCGAGGUCUUUGUUUGCCAAAUUUACGCCAAUUCGGUACAGCAGGAUCUCUCGUUUGGCGGUGCCCGGUACAUUGGUACCGGUCGUGGUUUUGCGACUGCUCGCAUUCCCUUCGGUGUCUUGUAUUCCCGUUUCGCUGGUCCCUCGAUUUACUUUGGAUCCCGUCUGCUGAUGAUGCUCCUCUUUGCCACCGUCACCAUUUGGCAAAGCGCGCUCGUCUACUUCUGGAUCUCGCUUCUGGCCCUGGUCAUUUCGCCAUUCCUGUACAACCCGCAUCAAUUCGCUUGGAGCGAUUUCUUCAUCGACUAUCGCGACUUUCUCCGAUGGCUCUCUCGCGGCAAUUCUCGCUCUCACGCUUCCUCCUGGAUCGCCUUCUGCCGUCUGUCUCGAACUCGUAUUACAGGUUACAAGCGCAAGGCUCUCGGUGAUCCAUCGGCCAAGAUGUCGUCUGACGUUCCGCGCGCGGCCAUUACCAACAUGUUCUGGGGCGAGAUUCUCACCCCUCUGCUGCUCGUCGCCGUCACCGUCAUCCCGUACCUCUUUAUCAACGCCCAGACUGGUGUCUCCGCGGCGAACAACGAGAACGUAUCUGAAGCACCCAAGAAGACUAACUCUUUGAUCAGAGUCGGAGUCAUCGCGCUCGCCCCUGUCGCAAUCAAUGCCGGCAUCUUGAUGAUGAUGUUCUUCAUGGCCUGCUUUAUGGGACCUCUCCUUAGCAUGUGCUGCAAAAAGUUCGGCAGCGUGCUUGCGGCGAUCGCCCACGGUCUCGCCGUGAUCAUGCUACUUGUGUUCUUCGAGGUCAUGUUCCUGCUUGAGUCGUUCGUCUUCUCGCGGACAAUGCUCGGCAUGAUUGCCGUUGUUGCUAUCCAGCGUUUCGUCUUCAAGCUGAUCAUAUCGCUUACCCUGACACGUGAGAUCAAGACAGACGCGGCCAACAUUGCAUUCUGGACGGGCAAGUGGUACUCUAUGGGAUGGCACUCGGUUUCGCAACCCGCCCGCGAGUUCCUUUGCAAGAUUACGGAGCUGAGCAUGUUUGCGGCCGACUUCGUCUUGGGUCACUUUUUGCUUUUCAUCAUGCUGCCGGUCAUUCUUAUUCCCAAGGUCGACAUGCUGCACUCGAUGAUGCUCUUCUGGCUGCGCCCUGGUCGUCAAAUUCGCCCUCCCAUCUACUCGAUGAAGCAGUCCAAGCUGAGGCGCAAGCGUGUGUUCCGUUACGCCAUCCUCUACUUCACCAUGUUCAUACUCUUCAUGGCCCUCAUGAUCGGACCUGCUGUUGUGGGCGACAUGAUUCCCAUGGAUACUUUCAAGUUUUUGGACACCAAGGAGCUGGCCCUUAUCCAACCCACCAAAUACAACAACGACAACACACAGGAGUCAUCCCAGACCGGUACCGGAAACCCGAGUUACUCGGGAGCCUAUCUUACGAUGACAGCUAGCUCCUCGUCUUCGGCGACGGCUAACUCGGAGAGAGUGCGCUUGUUUUAA